CCUGGGUUGAGCAGUACCGUCCCAACUGGAACGUGGUGUGUGUACCUGGAAGGGAGAAGCGCCCCUCGGAUUCGGAAUCGGUCAGGAUAUGGCUGAGCAGGAUGUGGAGAAUGAGUUGCUGGACUAUGAGGAGGAGGAUGAGCCUCAGGCAGUGACUGACACAGCCCCUGUCUCUGCUAAAAAGGAUGUCAAGGGCUCCUAUGUCUCCAUUCACAGCUCUGGUUUCCGAGACUUCCUGCUGAAGCCAGAGCUGCUUCGUGCCAUUGUGGACUGCGGCUUUGAGCAUCCUUCAGAAGUGCAGCAUGAGUGCAUUCCACAGGCAAUCCUGGGCAUGGACGUCCUGUGCCAGGCCAAAUCGGGCAUGGGCAAGACUGCUGUAUUUGUCUUGGCUACGCUGCAACAGAUUGAGCCUUUGGAUGGGCAAGUGUCAGUGCUGGUGAUGUGUCACACCCGAGAGCUAGCCUUCCAGAUCAGCAAAGAAUAUGAACGCUUCUCCAAGUAUAUGCCCACUGUCAAGGUAGCUGUCUUUUUUGGAGGGCUUUCUAUCAAGAAAGAUGAAGAAGUGCUGAAGAAGAACUGUCCGCAUAUUGUGGUGGGGACCCCUGGCCGUAUUCUGGCACUGGUGCGCGACAAGACACUCAAUCUGCACAAUGUCAAGCAUUUUGUAUUGGACGAGUGUGACAAGAUGCUUGAGCAGCUGGACAUGCGCCGUGAUGUGCAGGAGAUUUUUCGUUUGACACCCCAUGAGAAGCAGUGUAUGAUGUUUAGUGCCACCCUGAGCAAGGAGAUCCGGCCUGUCUGCAGGAAGUUCAUGCAGGAUCCCAUGGAGGUCUUUGUAGAUGAUGAAACUAAGCUGACGCUGCAUGGCCUGCAGCAGUACUACGUGAAGCUGAAGGACACGGAGAAAAACCGCAAGCUCUUUGACCUGCUGGACGUACUGGAGUUUAACCAGGUUGUGAUAUUUGUAAAGUCAGUGCAGCGCUGCAUGGCAUUAGCUCAGCUUCUGGUUGAGCAGAACUUUCCAGCCAUUGCUAUUCACAGGGGCAUGUCUCAGGAGGAGAGGCUCUCUAGGUACCAGCAGUUCAAGGACUUCCAGCGUCGAAUCCUGGUGGCCACGAAUCUGUUUGGCCGUGGGAUGGACAUAGAGCGGAUCAACAUAGUGUUCAAUUAUGACAUGCCUGAGGAUUCUGAUACCUACUUGCAUAGGGUUGCCCGAGCUGGCCGAUUUGGCACAAAAGGUUUGGCUGUUACCUUUGUGUCAGAUGAAGGUGAUGCCAAAAUCCUUAAUGAUGUGCAGGAUCGCUUUGAAGUCAAUGUAGCUGAGCUCCCUGAAGAGAUAGACAUCUCCUCAUAUAUUGAGCAGAGCCGGUAGCGUGUGUUCUUGGAUCUCAGAGUGGCACCAGAAGAUGAGUAAACUGCACCUCUAUCUCCUGAUUGAAGCCAGAUGAAUAUCAUUUUUUUUUGAAACGCACUGUUAAACCUAUGGGGUGUUUGAUCUUAAAAUGAAUGUCUUUUAAAUUGCCUGGAUAGUAUUUUGCCUCAUGCUAGCCUGGGGGCUUUUUUAAUUAGAUGUUUCUAUUUUCUGAAUAGUAAGCCCCUGUGGCUAAGUUUCAUAAUAAAUGGAUUUUUAAAAUGUCA